AUGGAUCACGAGCGAAUACAGUCGCGUGUGGCUGAGAGUAGUCCAUUGAACCACAAAGUUUCCAGUUAUGACCCUGAUGAUUCAGUUAACAGUCUCGUGUUUGGCAACGACAUUGAGGCCAAUGACGUGUCCGAAACCCAAGAAGAUGUACCGGGGGAUCUAGAAACACAGAAGAUUGCUGAGAUAUCAAUUUCGAAAGAAAAUAUAGUAGAAAACGUAUAUCAAGGUAUCACAAUAACGAAGUCUCAAGAUAUCGACAAUCCAGAAAUGCCGACACAGGCAGACCAAACAAAUGGGACACCCACUCAGAAAAUUGGAUUUACAGAUGAAACAACGAAUUAUGAUAUUCUUAGCAAGAAGAAUGGCAAAAACGUGAAAUCUCCAUCACCGCAAAACUUCACGAAUCAGACAUAUGGGGUUCUACAAGACGAUAUACUGGAUACGCCAUUUUUAAACAAAUUGAAGGACCCAUUUAACGAUACAUAUGGUAGUAAUGAUACAAGGGACAUGACUCCACAAGAUAAUGAAAUUAAAAAUGGAGUUGGUGAUCCGUUUGUUGUGCCUAACAAAAGAAAACCUGGAACGACAAUAUUCUCGAAAAUACGACAGGAAGCAGAUGAAUCGCCAUUAAAGUACGAAAGUCAGCCACAGACAAUUGAUGAUACUCAGCAAUUGGAGGGUAGUAUUAAAAACGAUAAAAGCAUGCUUCUUCUGCCUCCGUUUGAUACACAACAAGUAAUUCGGUUUUCACAAAGCAAUGCUAAAGACACUCAGGUGGUAAGUACACUUUCACCUCCACAUAUAAACGGUAACAGUAAGAAUAUAGAGGAUAAUAACAGCGUAGGAAACAACGUUGAUAACAGCAACAACUACAACAAUAAUAGCACCAACAAUAAUAACACCAACGACAGCACACAAAUAGACAAUAAGCUGCUCGCGUAUUCUCUAAAUGAUACCCAAAAAACGUCUCACACAAAUGAUGUGACGAUGUUGACUUUCAGUACUGCUGAUGCACUUGUACAAAUUCCUGAGACCAGUGAAAACGAAACUGAAUCUCACAGACAAGUUAUUAGCACACAAGAGAUGCUUGAAAUGUCGAUGAAUAUUGACCACAACGAAUUAGAGACUCAAAUGAUCCAAGAGGUCGACAAGUUAGAAGUCAUAUCUGACGAAGAGCUUUACGAUAACGUAAAUGUGGACGUGGAAGACUCUUCAGACGGAAGGAUAGCCUUAGACAACCAAGUAGAGGACAGCUUGAUAACCCAUAGACUCAAGCGCAAGUAUGCCAGCAGUGUAAGCGGAAGUCCUCAGAAGAGAAGACAGCUGGCUGAAUCUGAAUCUGCCAAUAGACGUAUUCAGUCUGCUGGAGGUUCUUUAGAAGUAAGAAAAUCACCAUUGGCCUUGUUAAAAUACAAUGAACCUACGCUAGACACUUCUAGCGGUAUAGCCGAUUCUUCUCCAGUAGUAAGACGAUCGGAUAUUUUGAAGUUGAAUGUAAAUCAAUCUUCACCGUCCAAGGAAGCAAACCAGUCAAUUAGAUCAGACCAUGUUAUUGAUUCUGAUCUCACAAACGACGAAUUCCCCAAUCUUUCGUCUCCAAGAUUUGCAGAAGGGCCAGCAAAAGCAGAACAGGAAGAAGAAAUGGAAGAAUCGGAAAUGGAAGAUGUAGACAUGGAUUCUCAGGCUAUUGUCAUAGAUGCACAGAGGCAGUCUACAGUCAUUAACACUAGAAGAAGAAGAAACCAUGUGAUAGACACCCAGUCGCAAGAGAAUGUAGAAGUAGCUAAUGAUACUUCUGGCGAUCUGAGUGGCACUAGUUACAGAAAAGACUCUGCUGACAGAAACGAUGGAAUACUCAGACAUGAGGCACUGGAUGUACUCACUGAGUCUGACAUUCUUUUCAGAGAUAGUGUUUGGGCAUCCUACAAUUUGAAGAUGUACUCCGGCGUCGUUGUUGAAAGACAAUUUGAUGUUCUGAAAGUUGAAUUUGUAGAAGGCUUGUAUGAAAUCAAAAACUCUGAUCUUUACUUGCUCGAUAUCAGGAUUGGUGAUAUGGUGAAGACAAAGUAUUCAAAUGUAAAGUACGUGGUUACGGGGUUGACCAAUACCAGUUCACUGACAGCCAUUAAAUGCGUUAGGGGCUACAACUAUCUCCUCUUGCAAAAGAGAAGUGUCACGAAGAAACCGCAGGAUGAAAUUGGUGUAUCUCUUUCUGAAUGUUAUAUUGAAGUAGAAGACUGGUUUCAACGACAACAGAAGUACUCUCUAGUAUUGGACGAAAAGAAGAUACCGAAUGGAAAUGAUGUUCUUCGAACACCUUCCAAACCACGACUUGCUGCAAUGCCUGGCGACUCAAAGUACAAAGCUGGACCAUUCAGUAGUCCCAUAAGAGACGGUUCCAGAUUGUCUCCACAAAAGAGUAUAUCUAUAUUUGAACCAAACAAGAUAUUUUCGGGUAUGUUGUUUUGUAUUACUAGUAUUGAAGGAGCUAGUAAUACUAACAUUACCAAAUUAAUUGAAGAUAAUGGAGGAACUUUGAUUCAAAAAGGCUUUAAAGAUAUGCUCGAGUACCAAGUAGACGUUGAAGGACUUUCUUUGAAACCCAAAUCGAAGUCUUUAGAAAAGCUCAUUUUUGCAGCAGUGAUAUCCAAUAACCAUUGUCGUAGUGCUAAGUAUCUAGAGGCGUUGGCGUUAGGAUGGCCUAUACUUUCAGAUGCUUUUAUUCUAGAUUGUGUCGAGGACGAGUCUAGACUUUCAAAAUGGCCAUCGUACUUACUCCCAGCUGGGCAUUCGAUUCAGAUGAAUUCAGUGAAGAGUAUUGAUGUUUUUGAGUUUCGGUAUAACUACGAAAUGAAGAAACUGUUGAAAGAACAAAUACACAUCCAUAGUGAAUUACUCAGAGAUUUCAACAUAGUGGUCCACAACUACAAAAUCAAUCCCACUACCUUGCGUACCUGUCAGUUCAUUUUCUAUGCGUUUGGAGCUCACAAGUUAGAGUAUUGCACUAGAGAACCAGAGGUUAUGAAGACACUCAAGAAAAUGGCUGGCGAUACUAAUGAAGUCAUGAUAUACGACGAUGGUCCUUCUACGAAGACAAAACUACAGUCUCUCGAAAAAAAGAGAGCUGAACCCGUAGAACCUACUCGUUCUACGCGAACUCGUAGUCUGAGAAUCAAGAGCCAGUCUCUCAAAGCUACAAAAGCAGGAUCUCAGUCAAAGACAGUCCAUGUCAAAGUGAGUGUGAUAAACUGGGAAUGGGUCGUUCAGUGUGUGAUCAGCGGGAUUAUUUGGGAUACAGAAACAUUUAAUAUCGAUAUUUAG